AUGGCCGACGCUGUGGUCCUCACUCCGGACCAGAUAAAGCAGCUCCUCGCACAGCAGCAGCAGCAGCAGAAUGGCGCUGGCCCUUCCACUUCCUCGGCGGCAAUUUCACAAGCAGCAGCAGCGCCUGCAGCGCCCGCAACGCCCGCAAAGCAUCGCAUCAAGACCAGCUUCAAAAAGGAGCGCGCCUUUGAACCCUUUUACACCGGCGGGCCAAUCGCCUUGACCCCAGACGGCCAGUGGCUCGCCGCCACCCACGACGAAGAGGUCGUCAUCCUCGACGUAAACACCGGCGCAGUCCUUCACCGCAUCGAAAGCGACACCGAGCCCGUCACCGCCCUCACCAUCUCCCCCUCGGGCUCCCAUCUCAUCGUCGCAUCCCGCUCCCUCGCAAUCCGCACCUACUCCCUCCCCACCUUUGACCUCGUCAGAUCAACUCCAAAGGCCCACACUGCACAGGUCAACGUCAUCCUCGUCGACCCAACCUCCACCCUCGUCGCAACCGGAAGCUCGGACGGCAUCGUAAAGGUGUGGGACAUUGCAGGCGGCUACUGCACCCACGUCUUCCGUGGCCACGGCGGAGUCGUUUCCGGUCUCUGCUGGAACCUGCCCGACCCCGCCCUCGAGGUCGACGCGCAAUCAGCCGCAAAUGCCAAAUCAAAGGCAAAGGCCAACAUCGCCACCCCCGCACAGAGGCGCAUCGAGCUCUUCACCGGCUCCGUCGACGGCAAGAUCCGCCUCUGGGACCUCGCCGCCCGCACAGAGGCCACCCACCGACCCGUCGCCACCCUCAAUGGCCACGCAUCCGUCGUCCGCGGCCUCGCCGUCACCGACGAUGGCACAACCCUCGUCAGCGGCUCGCGAGACAACUCCAUCAUCGUGUGGAGCCUCGUCGACGGCCGAUGGAGGCAGCGCGACACCUUGGCCGCCAACGAGGGCGUCGAAUCCGCCGGCUUCCUCGCCAGGGGCGCUUCCCUCUCACGGCCCCAAGGCAGCCCCAAGGGCAAGCAGCGGCAGCAACCCCGGCAGACGCUCUUCUUCACCGGCGGAUCCAACGGCCAGGUCAAGCUGUGGGACGUCGUCGCCGGCAGCAUCGUCUGCCGCGAGCCCAGGAGCCUCACCCAGCAGAUGGCUCUCGACGAGGUCGCGGCGGGCGUGCGCUCCCGCCGCACCGCUGGCGGCGACGGCGGCGGCGAUGACGAUGAUGCAGAGGAGACACGAGCCAUCACCGCGGUCCACUACCUGCCUGCGACGGCGUCGCUGGUCUCCGUCCAUGCCGAUCAAAACAUUGUCGUGCGCUCCGUCGCCUCCCUCUCUCCCGCCCUGUCCACUGCCGACGGUGCCGCUGCCGCGCUACCGCCGCUCACCAAGACGCGGCAGAUGGUGGGUUUCAACGACGAGAUUGUCGACGUGGCGCUGCUGUCGGCGCGCGGCGAGGCGAGCGAGACGCACGUCGCGCUUGCCACAAACAGCCGCUCGAUCCGCGUCUACACAAUCGACUCCGAGGACCACGACGUCUCGCUCCUCUACGGCCACUCGGACGUCGUCCUCUGCCUCGACCGCUCCCCCGAUGCGCGAUGGGUGGCGAGCGGUGCAAAGGACCGCACGGCAAGGAUCUGGGCGUGGGUGCCCCAGUCCAGGCUGCCUCGGGCGCAAGGGGAUGCCGCGACGGCCGGCGAGGUUGCCGGUGAGAGCGUCGAGCGAGGUCAGAAGACCAAGAAGGCGAAGGCCGCAUCGAGCGACGCCAAGGGGGACACGGGCGAUGCUGACGGCGACUCGACCGGCGGCGAGUGGGUCUGCGUUGCCGUCUGCGAGGGUCACGCUGAGAGUGUGGGCGCCAUCGCCUUUGCGCGCCGCGCGGUCUCCCCCGGCGCCAUCGGAGCGCCCUUCAUGAUCACCGCCAGCCAGGACCGUACCGCCAAGCUGUGGGACCUGUCGGCGCUGUCGGAGCUUCUGGCGCCCUCGUCGGCGGCGCCUAUCACUGCGCCGCUGCGGCUCAAGUCGCUGCUGACGCUCAAGAUCCACGACAAGGACAUCAACAGUCUCGACAUUGCGCCCAACAAUGCGCUGCUGGCCUCUGGUUCGCAGGACCGCACCGCCAAGAUCUUUGCCAUCAGCUACGCGCCACCGUCCAAGUCCAACGGCUUCACCGCCUCGGCGUCGCUCAAGCCACUCUCGACGCUCAAGGGCCACAAGCGCGGCGUGUGGUCGGUGCGCUUCUCGCCCGUCGACCUGGCGCUGGCCACGGGUUCGGGCGACAAGACGAUCCGGCUCUGGGGGCUCAAGGACUACACGUGCGUCAAGAUUUUCGAGGGUCACACCAACAGCGUGCUCAAGCUGCAAUUCUGCUCGGCGGGCAUGCAGCUGCUCAGCUGCGCCGGCGACGGCCUCGUCAAGCUGUGGGGCGUCAAGGAAGAGGAUUGCGUCGACACCCUCGACGGCCACGACGAAAAGGUGUGGUCGAUUGCGGCGACGCGCGACGAGUCGCGCAUCGUGUCGGUGGGCGCCGACUCGGUCGUCAACUUCUGGCUCGAUACAACUGAGAUCAACGAGAGUGAAAAGCGCCGCCAGCGCGAGGAGGAGGUACUGCGCGAGCAGGACUUUUCAAACUACCUCACGCUCCGCGACUUCCGCAACGCCAUCGCCCUUGCGCUCGAAAUGGGCCAGCCGCGCCGCUUGCUCGGCCUCUUUACCCAUGUCGCAGCGUCGCGGCCCGACGGUGGUGACGGCGCCACGGCGGGAGGACUCUUGCUCGACUCGGCGCUCCAGUGCGGAACAGCGGGGAACUUGGCCGCCGACCCGGGCAGCGGCAAUCUCGAUGCGCUGGCGCGUGGCGGCGUCCUCUCGCUGCCGUCGGUGGGCGCCCGCGGCAAGAAGGGUUCGAAGAACAAGGGUGGUGUCGCGUCGGAGCUCUCGCCCGAGGCGCAGCGGGACGCGGCGAGCGUGACGGGCCUGGCCGCCGUCGACGAGGUGCUGUCCAGUCUGACGCCUUCGCAGCUGAUCCAGCUGCUGGCCUUCGUCCGGGACUGGAACACGUCUACGCGCACGGCGGGUGUGGCGCAGACGGUGCUGCAUGCGGUGCUGCGCUUCCACGGCGCGUCGUCGCUCAUUGAGGCAUUUGACGCGUCGAGCCAGGCGCGGCGCGACGAGGCGGCGCAGCGGCUCGAGGACGUCGAGCUGGGUGUCGUCGAUCCGCACUCGAAGCGCGAGCGGGAGCGACAGCGUCGCGAAGCGGCGCUGCGCAAGAGCGGAAAGGGCGCCAUAGAUCUGGCUGGCCUGAUUGAUGGGCUGCUGCCGUACACGGAGCGACACUACAACCGCGCCGACCGCAUGGCGAUCGAGGCGAGCAUGCUCGAGUUUACCCUCGGGUCCAUGGACGCCAUCCUCGGACCCAUCGAUGACGACGAGGAGGAGGAGGUGGAGAGGGGAGAUGUCGACGAGCGAGGCGAGGUCGAGGACGUUGAGAUGGCACCAGACGAGACCGUCGCUGCUGCGUUUGACGACGACGACGAUGGCGAGGCAGCGGGCGGCGACGAUACGUUUGGGCAAAAGCUCAAGACGCAGUCGAAGAAGAAGGACAAGCGGAGAAAGAAGGAGCAGCAGCAGCAAAGCAAGGGAAAGAAGGGGGCGGUGCAGCAGAGGCGGUACGAAGACGUGUCGGCCUCGGAAGAUGACGACUAG